AUGGUAACGAUUGCUAUAUUUUAUUCGUUACCUGUUAUACAACUCGUUUUACAAUAUCAAUUAAAUAUUGAUUCAAUUGGAAAUGAAGAUAUCUGUUAUUUUAAUUUUUUAUGCACACGACAAUUAUUCAAGUUAACGGCAUUUAAUAAUAUUUUCUCUAAUAUUGGUUAUUGUGCACUGGGUAUUCUUUUCUUUCUUAUUGUUUUUAGAAGAGAUAAAGCUUAUACUCAAUUUCUUUCACAGUAUCCAGCAGUAGGAAAGAAAUAUGGUAUUCCACAACAUUUUGGCCUUUUUUAUGCUAUGGCUAUUGCUUUAUUCAUGGAAGGUGUUAUGAGUGCAUGUUAUCAUGUAUGUCCAUCGAGACAAAAUUUUCAAUUUGAUACAAGCUUUAUGUUUAUCAUAGCUGUUUUGAAUCUCAUUAAAAUCUAUCAAAAACGCCAUCCAGAUAUAAAUCCAGGUUCAACUGGUGCAUUUUCGUUUUUAGCUAUUAUUAUUUUUAUCAAUGUCAUUGGAGUGUAUUUUGAUAAACAAUGGUUUUGGAUAACUUAUGCUAUUAUACAUAUUAUAACUAGUAUAACAUUUACUGGAAAAAUUUAUUAUAUUGGUAAAUUAAAGUUCACAGUUCGUGUACAUGUGCAUUUGUAUCGACUUAUGAAAGAUAAUGGCUUUUUUUCUUGGCCACUCUAUCCAAAUCGUAUUGGAAUAUUGAUUCUAGCUAAUUUACUUAAUAUGGGAUUUGCUAUAUAUGGUGCUGUUUAUAAACCGGAAUCAUUUCCCAAUCAUUUAUUGUUUGUUUUUCUUGGUAAUUUAGCUUUAUAUUUAGUAUAUUAUAUCAUUAUGAAAGCAAUUCACCGUGAACAUUUUACAUCUUUUUCUAUUGCAUUUCUCUUGUUAUCAUUGAUGUUGUGGAUAUCGUCAAUGUAUUUCUUUUAUCAUGAAGUUAAAAGUUAUGAAGUGAAACCAGCUAUAUCUAGAACAUAUAAUCAACGAUGUAUAUUACUUAAUACAUAUGAUUCACAUGAUAUAUGGCAUAUAUUAUCAUCAUUUGCUAUGUUCUUUUCAUUUUUAUCUAUAUUAACAAUUGAUGAUGGUGUUAGAAUUAUAGAAAACGAUAAAUUAGCAGCUUUUUAA